AUGGCGACGGCAAGAAACGGAAGGGAGCUUUUUACCAUUUUGGAAACGAGCGCGGAUACAGAAAGUAGUGCGGCGUGCGACGGCCAAGAGUACACGCUAAAUCUUUGUGGCGACGUGAAGUGGUUUGAAAUUCCGUACAAAAAGCCAGACUCGGACGAGGAAGAAGACGGAGCCAGCCUUGCGGCCGGGGCAGGCUGCAACAUCAUUUUGGUGACUGGGAGCAAUGGACUCAAGCACGAAGAGGAGGACAACUCGGAGGAGUGCUACCAUUCCACCUCCACUAACUGCUCCGACGCCACCUCGAACGACUCUGACCUCGAUUUCUCCGAUUUGGAGGACGAGGAGGAGGAGCGAGCGAGCUUUCUCGGCUACGAUGAAGACUUGUACGAGGACUGCACGUCUCCGGACUUCUGGGGCGAACCGGACCAGGUGAUUUCUAUCGAGACUUUCGGUGCUUCCAGCGGCCCUCAGCACUCACUGGGGGACGACGCCGAGCCCCGUGACUAUUUCCGGAUACUCUUCCCAGAUUCGCUGUUUGAACACAUGGUGGAACAAACAAACAACAACGCCCUCUAUCGGCAGAGGAGGAAUGGCAAAACAGACCCGCACUGGCACCCGACCCACGACAGCGAGAUGAGAGCCUACGUGGGCCUCAACAUCCUCAUGGGCGUCAAUCGGCUGCCAGAUAGCGGCAUGUACUGGGCCAGCGACAUUUUCAUAGGCAACGCGGGCUUUAAAAAGACGAUGACCGCCAGGCGCUUCGAGAAGCUCACCCAGUACCUCCAGCUUUGCGACAGGGAGGGGGAACCCGUGCGCGGCGAGCGCGGCUACGACGGCCUUUUCAAGAUCAGGCCUCUCCUGGAUGUGCUGGAGAACACCAUGUGGGACGCGUACACGCCCAACCGCUGUCUGACCAUAGACAAGAGUGCCCUUGUCACCAAAGGGCGUUCUUCGCCCACGCACUCCAUGCCCUCCAUGCCCUCCAAGCCCCUGAGGAAAGGCUUGAGCGUGUGGAUGCUGUGCGACUCGCGCUCGGGCUACUGCCACCGGGCCAAGAUUCACGUCGGCCGGCCCAGCGAGGACCGAGCGGUGGUGCUGCAGGGGUACCGGGCGGUGACCUCCCUGGUGCGUGGCCUGGAGGGUCAGUACCACCACCUCUUCUUGGACAGCUUCUUCAACUCGGUGCCCCUCCUCCAGAGAUUGCUGAAGGACGGACUCUACGCCUGCGGGCCCGCGCAUUCGGGGCGCAAAGGUUUCCCCGAGGUCCUCCGCCCUCGAAAUGUGGGCAAGCUCUCGCAGGGGGAGUUCUACCAGUGCCAGCGUGGCAACCUGGUUGCUACGGUGACACGGGACAUCAAGGUCAUUAGCUGCCUGUCCACCAACUCCGCCCCAGGGAUUGUGGGUAUCAGUCCGGGGGAGGAGCAUAACUGCGAGAUGGACGGCGAGGGCGACAGCGACAUCACGGAGAGCUCGGGUCUGUCUUUCGGUCUACCGAGGCCGCUCCCCUUGCUGCUGUACCAGGAGAACAUGAGGGGAGUGGAAUUGUGCGACCAGCUGAGGGAGUGCUACCAGGUGGGCCGGCCGCACAGGAAGUGGUGGCGCUACUUCUUGUGGUUCUACGUCAACGUGUGCAUUGUCAACGCCUACGUCCUCAUGAAGGAAAGCAGAGGGGGCACGGCGCCGGCCGGCCUCAACGGCAAGCAGCUCACCCAGCACCACUUCCGGGUGCGGCUGGCCCAGCAGCUGAUCGGAGACUACCAGGGGGCGAGGGGCAUGGAGCGGGCCGCCCGGAAGAGGCACGCCGACUCGCCCAUCGAGUACGGACACCGCCUGGAGCGCAUGUCCGAACGCUCGCGGCGCUGCAGGAACUGCACCAACAAGGGACUACGACACGAGAGCGUGUUCGGCUGCAAGAUAUGCAAUGUCCACCUAUGCAGAGGAGGCUGCUUCUCUGAGUUUCAUAAAUAA